AUGACCUCACUCACAAGCUGUUUAUUUUGUGGAAUUGCAUCGAGAGACAAUGUUUGCGGCCCGUGCAGCAUACUUCCGCGUGAUGAUCAAAUCUCUCAACUGUUGGACCAUUUUCAUAUGGCAGCGGACACCAGAAAUGAAUGCCAACAACUCGCUCGACUUAAUUCAGUUUCAGUACGUCAGUUUCCUGUACCAUCUAGCAAUCGGCCAUGGUCAUCUAUGUCCAUCACUGGUUCUCUCUCAACCGAUGAGGAUCGCGACAGAGCUCGUCGAGCGAAAGAUGCGGAGCGAAAACGUCGCCAGCGAUCAAACGACAAGAAACGGCAAUACGAGCGUGAAGCUGACAAAAAUCGAAAGGCCGAAUCACGUUCUCGUCAAACAGAAGUUGAACAUGAAGCCAGCCGUGCCGCUAAGCGACAGCAAAUGGCCGAAUCGCGUUCUCGUCAAACAAAAGAGCAAAAGGAAAAAAACCAAAAACGCCACUCAUCGACUAGAGCGAUUCGAAAUGCGGAAGUAAAACAGACUAAAUCUGUACCACUGUCCUGGCCAUCAGAUAUUCCGUACGACGUGAAACGCUCAUGUUACGGAAAUUUUUUGGAAAUGACUUCAAUGUCCUCUUUGGCUGAAAGCCCUUGCGCAAUAUGCAACAUGCGUGUUGUGGUCAGAGACAUGGAAUUAAUACCACAACAGCAACUUCAAGAAUCCAAUCUUCUCACUCCUGACUAUCGGAUUCAAAGUAUCAUCCCUGGAAGUCGACGAGCUUCGACAAAUUGGUCAUCAUCUAAAAAAGCGACAACAACGUCAAUCACCGGAGAUCUCAGUUCAUCGUACGUUCUCUGCGGAGAGGAGGAUGUUCUCCUUUACAAGCGCGGUCUUUUCAACGAACGCACUGAUCAGCAAAGUGGCGAACAAUCAUAUUCAUGUAGCAUAUGUCCCGAAUGUCGAACGGCGCUGUCAAAGGAUAAAAUACCAAAAUUUUCGCCGGCAAACAACAUAUGGAUAGGCGAUGUACCCGAGGAACUUAAAGAUUUGACCAUACCCGAAGAAAAAUUGAUAUCACUUUAUACGCAUGACCGGUGCGUGGUUAAGCUUUACACUCCAUUUGGUCACUCAUCGACAGCACAGCCAGCCUUGAAAGGACAUGUCAUUAGCUUUCCACAAAAUGUUUCCAACAUCGUAAAUACUCUUCCACUUUCGCUGGAUGACCUUUGCGACACUCUCAAAGUGGUAUUUGUUGGUUCAUCCGGUCUAGUCCGUGGCCUAAUGAGCCGAAUUUUGACGGUUCGCAAACAAAAAGUGCGAAAAGCUUUGGAAUGGCUUAUCAAACACAAUCCCCUGUAUCGAAGUUCCGUGAAAAUCGACUACGACAAGAUCGACAUACUUCCAAACAAUGAUAUACCUGAACCACUCUGGCAGACAAUGACAGUUUCGACAAAUGUGGAAGAAAUGGAAGCCGAGAGAAGCGGCUAUGUUCCUGAUCCUUUGGCCAAUAUUAUAGUCGAAGACACUGAUGCGACAGAUCAGGACCGUUGGAGGAAAUGUCAUGGACUCGCCACAGUCACGAUCGGCUCAACGGACUCAGAUUCAUGCUUUGAAUUACUUCGUCGGCCUACCAGAUCUCUUCAUCACUAUCAAUCCGGCCGAUGUUCAUCAUCCACUAGCGAUGUAUUACGCGGGUAUCAACUUGGAUUUGGACAAUGUUGCUCCAGUGCAAAUCGCAACAAGAUCGAACAGAUUGUCGCUCAACGCCCUGUGGCCAUGGCUAAAUUCUUCAACGUUCUCAUUACAAGCAUCAUUCAAGCAUUGAUCGAAGGCGGCGUUGUUGGUCCCGUCAAAGCUCAUUUUGGAACUGUAGAAGCUCAAGGCCGAGGAACUCUUCAUCUUCAUCUUCUCGUAUGGCUUGACCAUGAGUACACACCCGCACAGCUCAAGGAGAAUAUUAAAACAGAGCAGUUUCGGAACAGUCUUAUCGCCUAUCUGGAAGAUAUUGUCAAAGAAGAUAUCGACGAUUUAAAAAAUUUGUCUAUUACUGAUAUCGAACAGGGUGCGAAAAGUGAGGAAGAGCACGAAGAAAUCGACGAAGCGGAGGAACAAUUCACCGUUGAACAGUCAGAUGAUCCAAAAAAAUACGUACUCUCAAAUACACGUCUUGACUAUGAAAUGCGAGCCGAAAGCCUACACGAUGUUUGUCUUUACGAGUUUGUCACCGAAUUUGAGAAGCGCAAGAUGACAGCAAAUGAUAAGCGAAUCAUGAAAACACAAGCCAAACGUCAAACGGAAGUUGCUUCACGCGGCCGCGGACGACUUCCGAAUCAGAGGUUUCUAUUUCAGCGUGGUCAUCCACAGCACGAGUCGCACUGCUUACUAAAACGAACAAUCAGUUACGUUCCCGUUCUUCACGGCCCUCAAAUCCCACGAUGCGAUCGCGACGACACGAAAGAACGCUAUGGUCGAGCAAUUCUCGCGCUCUUGUUUCCUUGGCGUUCUGUGAGCGAUUUGUGUUCGGUGAACGAAACGUGGCACGAAGCGCUCCAUGCACGUGAAUCUCUUAUUACUGUCAAUUCGAAGCGCAUCAUUGGAAACAUUCAGUUGCUCCAUGAAUGUAAGGCCGAUCGAGAUGAACAUUUGAAACAAGUCAUGGAAGAAGCACAAACGGACAUUGAUCCCAAGCUUAUUCCUGAUCCUCGCGAGAAUGAGAUCGAAGAGAUCGAUUCUAUCAUGGAUGCGCUAGCUACGUUCGACAACAGCGACCCGAACAUGGCACGUCCUAGCACAAGGAAACAGAAUAGCAACAAAUACACGAAAACUACACUGGAUUUAGUUGUUGGAAGUGGUCGAUUUUCUCAUUCUGAUAGUGAGUGGAAAUGA